AAAUUAAUGAAAGUGUAAGGACUACCCUGGAAACAAUGUAGCGGUUCAUCGAUCUCCGGCUAGCAGUGAGUGUCUAUAACUUAAACCAGAGGUGUUUUUUGACAUUUCCUACAAUUCUCCGAACAGUCAUCGCCGGCACACAUUCGUAAAGUGUCAUUCAGUGCAUUGGGUGUGAACAAUACCAUACACCCGCCGUUCUCGUACUGUAAUGACCUUUGAUGGUACGUUGAGCGAAAGCAAUCAAUCAUCCCUGCGGCGCAGCGAGAAUGCAUCCCGGGAGAAUAAUCCCUCGCACUCGUCAGCGGCCCACGUGAACCAUUCUGCCAUAGUACCAUUCAACAAGCAACAGGCACCGCCGCCGACGACGACGUCAGUCUCCGCCCAGGUCGGAUCAACUCCUAGGCCGGCUUAUCUGUACUACUGUUCGGACGAUUCCGAUACUGCUGCUGCUACUGCCGCGAACCGCGGCCAGUGUGACCAACCGAGGUCACCCCAUCUGCUGCUGCGGCAAGUGAAUUGGAAUUUUUACACUGAUUGCAAAGACGAUCACCAUCAGCCAAAUCCAAGAAGAGGUCCACCAACAACAAGCCAGCGCCCGUCACCACCACCAUCGUUGUCGUUUCCAUUGCUACCGCAGACGGAGGAGGCGCUGAAACUUCUGCGGGAAAUCGAUGGCAAUAUUGCCGCUGAGGCGCGAUUUGGCGAUAAUGGAUUCGGUACCCUCCUACUGGAUAACGACAAUUGUGGCAGCGGUGGUGCGGUCAACCGGGACGACAGUAUGUCCCAUUAUUUAAGAGAUGACCCACGUUCAGUGUUCUUCAACCAACAUCCGGGACCAAGCAAGGACAGUGACCCAAAAGCCAGCAGCAGCGUCGAAGAACCGACCCCUUCUACCUCGUCUGCCUUCGACAGCGGAAGCAUGUUGAAACGGCCAACCUUCGCAUCCAACACGCCGUCACUGAGUGGAUUUGGUAACAGCAAACCAAUCGCCAGCUCGUUGGGAGCGUCCAACAAUCUCUACCAGGGGCAACCUCCGAGGAUCAUCGGAAGUACCAGUGCCAAUUUCGGAGGGCCUACCGUAAUACACCACAAAAUAUCCAUCGAACCUCGGACUACUACGACGGCUACGGCGGACAGUUCAAAAAUCACAUUCAGGCCUUCGCCAACGAGUAGUACCGCAACGACGACCCCGACCUCGACGGCACCCGGUAGUGGGACCCAUCGACCGGUGGAAACGCAAAUGCCAACCAAUCGGAACAGUGCUAGUGGAGGCGGGAGUGUAGCUCCUGCGGUCGGAGGUGUCACGAAUCAUACUGUAAAUAGUAGUAAUGUUAGUAACAACAGUGCGCCACCUCACGGUGGAAGUGUCGGGAAAAAUCACAACAACGGUGAAACGGGAGGAGGAAAAGUGACGCCUCGAUUUGCGGCCGUUACUCAGCAAUCGAUAGGAAGUGCCGCCGCGGGUGUCCAGUUGACCCUGUACGGUUGGCGGAAGAAAUGCCUUUACACAGUGAUACUGAUGCUGAUGAUAAUGAUUAUCAUUAAUCUUGCCCUUACGCUGUGGAUACUGAAAGUGAUGGAGUUCUCGUCGGACGGAAUGGGUCAGUUGAAGAUAGUUUCCGGUGGGAUCCAGCUGACCGGUCAGGCGCUGGUGUUGGACAUCUUGCGAGCUUCAUCGAUCCGGUCGAAACAUGGUCAACCAAUUUCAAUAGAAUCAUCACGAAAUUUCAGCAUCAACACACGGGACUCGGAAGGCUAUCUGGAAAAUCAACUGUUCCUUGGUCACGACCGGUUGGAGGUUCUGGCGAACAACUUCCGAGUGACGGAUACUCACGGAACUUCUCUGUUUUCGGUAGACCGAGACGAAGUUAGCAUCGGGGCCACUGCGCUGCGGGUCGAAGGAGAAGGUGGCGUGAUAUUUAAGGAUUCUAUACAGACGCCUCUGGUGCGGGCGGAGGCGGGGAAAGAUUUGAAGUUAGAGUCACCUACACGAUCUCUGGAAAUGCGGGCAACUCAGGAAAUAUUCGUGCAGUCCCGCGCCGGCAGCAUAGAAGCCAACUGUCUCAACGAUCUCAAACUACACUCAGUGGCCGGAAGUAUCCGACUGGACGCCACCAACAUUCUACUGCCAAACCUGAAAACCGUUCAACCUCUAUCAACUUCUGUGUCUUCUGGAUCGUUGUUGCGAGAACAUGGUGGUGUUGGUGGUGGCAGUAGUGCCUCGUCUUCUUCCCUGCCAUCGCACAGUAAAAUCUAUCAGCUAUGCGCCUGCUCCAACGGUAAGCUGUUCCUUGCUCCGGCCCACAGCAUAUGCGCUACCGAUGACAGUGCCAUCUGCAGGUAAUAUUUGAUAUUGCUAGACCCUGCAGUUAGAGUUGCUGCUGUGCCGCAGUAGUAGUAGUAGCUUAGAAACGUUUCGCCUACAUCUAGCUAGCCAUGAACACUUUGACGGUGUUUGCGAUACAAUGAGAGGGUAGAUAAUUAUUCGAUUCGUGGCCUAUUGAUCUAGGCAAUAGUAAACCAUCACUUCAAAAGGAUUUACGGCAGUGUCACAAAUGAACUCAAAUGUUCAACUUUGCCAGUUCGCUAGUACUGUUUACAUCGACUUAUGUCGUUUUCGAUUGAGAACCUAGACACUAACCCAGGUUAGUUGCUUCAAACAAACGUUUUUAAUGGAACUGAGUUGGGUUCUCGCAAAACAGCGGUAGUGCGAGUGAACCCGAAAUAUAUUUCAGGUUGGAACCUAACUCGGUUUUCAGUUCAGUGGAGCAUAACCUAGGUUCGAAACUGGCUUCAAACAAACGGUUUGACAGCAUAUAGUUCCGAAACUGAGUUAGUUUCUGCCUCAAGCGAAAACGACAUUAGAAAAUUUCUUGCGAAUUGCUUCGAGCAAAUCAAGUCGUCCACAAAAAAAAAAUUUCCAUGUAAACAGUACAAGUGAACUGUCAAGAAAAGUGAGGUUAACAGCGUCCGUAAAAACCUAAUAGCAAGCCAUCACAUCAAAAGGAUUUACGGCGGCGUCACAAAUGAACUCAAGUGUUUAUCUUUGACAGUUCGCUAGUACUGUUUACAUGAACCGUCGAUAAAAUUUAUCCAAGUCCAUCUAUACUGCACUAGCGAACUGUCACAAAAGUUAAGUUAACUGUGUCCGUAAAGAACCCUAUUGGUUCAAUGUUUCCGUAUUGAAUACUUUACGGUGAUGCCAAAAAUGAACUCGAGUGUUAAUUUUUGACAGUUUGCUCGUACUGUGUUUACACGGACUUAGAAAAAUUCUUUGCGAUUUCCUUCCAGCUAAUCUAGUCGCCCACAAAAAUUUUCUUAGUCCAUGUUAACAGUACUAGUGAGCUGACAAGAAAAGUGAGGUUAACUGAGUCAGUAAAGAACUUAAUGGCAGCGAAAGCUUCUAAUGUGAUGAUCGGAUGAUUAUAAGCAGAGUAAACAGAUGAAAUUUUUCCCCUGAAUGUGUUCCCCCGUAAAACGGAGGCACUUCGCCAUUGCCUAACACGUUAGAAACUGUGAAUAUUGUUGGUUCAUGAUUGUCGAACCGCAAAAAAAAUAAAACGUUACCGAAUCCGAUUGAGUUUAUCACACGUUAAGACAAUGUGUUAGAUGAGUGCGAUUGCAACAACAAAAAAACUAGUUUUAUAUUACGCCCAAGCAAUGCCAUCAGACUAAUCAAAAAAUGAUCUAUAAGUUGCAUUUCGGCGUGGUUCCCUAUCCGUAGCAGCUUAUUAAGUAGAAGCAAAACCCGAAAGAAGACGGUAGAGUAGAACUCAACAUUAUCGCAAACAAAUUGACCAUGGAACAGUAAACCGGUCGAGAAGUACCGCAGUUCAUUCGCGAGCGAAAAAUAGCCAAACGCUAGAAUCAAGGUAAUUAAAUAAAAUAAAUCUACUGCUAAAUGAAUUAAAACAUUAGCGAAAUCUCCAGUUCUAACGAUAAGGUCAGCGUCGAAAAAAGGCAAGUCUACUUUAUGGUAGUUGUUGAAAGAGGUUUAGUUUUACAUAAAAAUAUACAUAUCAUAUACAAUAGCGAGGGGAGAUAAUAAUAAAUAUAGAAACUUA